AUGAUUCUGGCACCUCAAACCUGUGUCCAUACGAGUUCCGACAUCAUCAAUGGCCGCGGUGGACGUUUUGGCUUCCAGAGCAAGCUGGAGAGAAAGCAGCUCCGACGGCCCAGGCCACCACUCCUCGACGACUGGUCCUGCACGGCCCCCUUCCAAACUCGACGACACAUCGGCGAACCGCUGCGGGUUCCGGAUCACGCACCAAAAUGGCUACGUGCACUGCCAGCCGUGCGCCCAAGGGCAGAUGGCCCCUGUGACGGACCAAGCGCGAGCGACACGGAAUAUCUCGCACGCCGGCAAGUGUCAGGCUUCUCCCACGGCCCCUCACCGCCCUCAUCCAAAACCCCUCAGCGAGAUGGAUCCCGAUCUGGGAGAGACCUGUUCCACGACCCUACCAAGGACAUCAUCGUCGAUUGGAAUUCGCAAGAUGGUAUCGUAUAUCAAGCGAAAAAGAAGAAGAAACAGGCGGCAGCUGCCUCCAAUAAAUGGUUUGACGAUGGCAACGGAGAAAAGAAGGAGGGGAACGGCGAUGAGAAUGGCGAAGACAAACGUGAUGAUGCGGCUGACGGCGGCAGUGCUGGCGCUGGCAAAGGGGAUGGCGAAGGCGACGGCGAUGGCGACGGCGACGGCGAUAAAGACAAAGACGGCGCCGCUGACGCAGAUCCCGACGACGAGUGGGGUACCACCGUCAAGUCCAAGAAGAAGAAGGGCAAGAAAGGGGCCGCCAACCAAGCGGCAGACGCAAGCACUGACAUGCCCAGCACUGAUACAGGCCUGGACGCAUUUCACGACAUAAAACUAGGGGACGAUGGCGGCAAGAUUGACUUGAAUUUUAGUUCGGGAAACCCAAAAAAUUCUGUCGGAAACUGGGGCACGAAAUGGAAUACUGGUGGGAGCAGCUGGGAUUGGUCUGGUGGUGGUGGUGGUGGUGGCAACGAGGGCGAGGCAGAGAACGAGAAGAAAACCGAGCUGGACAAUGCCUGGGGCGUUGCUGGUGGAAAGGCAAAGAAGAAGAACAAGACCACCUUCAUAUUUGACUCCACCGCUGAUACCAAGGAGAACGAGGGGCUAGAUGCCAAAGAGGAGGCGAAGGACGACGACUUUGGUUUCACCGUCAGUACCAAAAAGGACCGCAAGAAGAAAAAUAACGCUUUGAGUGAGACGGUAGAAGAAACCAACAUCGGGUCCUCAGACGCCAAGAAGGCAUCAGAUCCUUGGGGAUGGACUUCGACUACGAAGAACAAGGGAACCCAAGGUGAUGCUGAGCCUGACGUCAAACUUACCGCCGAAUCCAACUCGGCUUCCCCGGAAGAUGACCUGUUCGCUCUCGUUACCAUCAAGGGCAAAAAGAAGAAAGGCACCGCUGCAGCCGUGGACAAGGAUCCACCCUCAGUCAGCGAGCCCGCGCCAGAACCCGCGCCAGAACCCGCGCCAGAUCCAGAAGUGGACAAGAAGGAGGAUGCAGUCGACGACGGUUGGGAUACGUGGGGCACAUCCAAGAAAGCGAAGAAGAAAAAGAAGGGGGCGGCAUUGGACGAUCCGCCUGCCCCUGAUCCUCCUGCUGAUCCACCCGCCCCCCCGGCGGAAACUGAGCCGGAUGACGUUUGGGGGACGGUGACGACCAAGAAGGGCAAGAAGGCCAAGGGCAAACUUACAGAACCAAAGCCAGACCCACCUCAAGCGCCGGAACCAGCAGCCGGGAAACCAGAGGAAGAUAUCUGGGGGUUCGGUUCCAAAUCCACGUCGAAGAAAGAUGGGAAAAAAAAGAAAGCCUCCAUCUGGAACGACGUGGAUAACGCGGGAGAGCCCGAGCCGCCAGCACAAAACCUCAACGACGAUGACUCCUCCAAGGACAAGGACGACGACAAACUUCCAUCCUCAUCUGAGCCCGAGAAGGAUCCGAAUGCGGAAACGGAAAAGAAGGAAGAAGAUGACUUUUGGACCAGCCUCGGCACGUCCAAGAAAGACAAGAAGAAGAAAAAGAAGGGCAAUGCGGUAGACCCUACCCCGCCGCCACCUCCUCCGGAACCGGAACCUCUGCCAGACGCCGAACCGCUGGUCGAAGAACCUGCGGCAGAACUGAAGAAUGACGAGGACGAUCCCUGGACUAGCUUCUCAACAAAAAAGGACAAGAAGAAGAAGUCGAAGGGCGCGGAAGAAGGUGGAGCCAAGGGCACGUUCGACGCUUGGGGCGGAAGCUCCAAGGACGACAAGAAGAAGAGCUCUCUCAUGACAAGCUUCGGGGGUUCACCCAAGGAGAUACCUAACGCAGUGGAGCGCAAAGAUAAUGACGAGCCCAAGUCUAGGGAGGAGGCCUCGAAAAUCAAGACUACCGCCGACGGCGACUUUUUUUCCUCCUGGGAAACCGACAAAAAGGACAAGAAAGACAAGAAGGAGAUAAAGGAUAAGAAGGACAAGAAGGAUAAGAAAAACAAGAAUGUAGAUGAUUCCUCCUGGGACCAGGCAGAUAGCACUGAAGCGCCCGCCGACACUAUCUGGGGCAAAGUGGCCAGCAAGGACAAGUCGAACCGCGAGUCUGCGGAGGUUAAAGACGAUAUUACUGGAGACCCCGAAACUACCACGUGGGACGAGCCGUCGUCCAACACCAAGUCGCAGGAUAUCGAUGAUGAGGAGGGGGGCGAGAAGAGCAUCGAGAAGUCGAAGAAAGAGAAGGAACCCAAGCUAAGCAGCAAGGAACUGAAAAAGCUGGAGAAGGAGCAGAAAAGGGCCGAGAAGGCCGCGAAGGCCGAGAAGGAGCGGCUCGAACAGGAGGCUCGAGAGUCCGCCGAACGAGAGGCAGAGCAGAAGGCCGCACGAGAGGCCGAAGAGAAAGCCGCACAAGCGGCUGAGGAGAAAGCCCGCAUUGAGGAAGAAAUUCCCCGCCUCGAGGACAAUUCUUCAGAGAUGCUUGAGGAAGAAGAGCUUGCUGCGCUGACGGAGAAAAAGGCCAAGAGGGGCAAACUGACAAAGAAGGAUACAGAAAGGUUCAACCGCUUAACAGAGAAUAUUGACAAGAGAGCGCAGGAGAAAUCCGCCAAAGAGCUUGAAGAACAGGCCAACCGAGAGGCAGAGGAUGCAACAAAAGCCAACGAGACGGAGGCAGCGAAAACGGCAAAAAAGAGCACCAAGGACAAAGCCACGGGGAAAGAGAAGACAAAGGGGAAGGGUCACUCUCUAGAGCCAGAAUUGGAGCUCAAGCCGGAGGAAGUAGAAGACCUUUUGGCCGCCCACGAUAAGACAACAAACGAUGCUUUCAGCUUCUGGGGCAUCAGCGGAGGCUCCAAGAAGUCCAAGAAAGUCCUGGACGAUGCCCCGGAUGGCAAAGAUAUGGCCUCCCCGCUCAAGGCCAAUGAUAGCUUGUCAGGGAAGGUGAUGGCACGGAAGCCCGUGGCAGGUACAAUCGCAGACAAGCUCAAGACGUUUGAGGCGAAGGUAGAAGCACCGCCUACCCCCGCCCCGUUACCUCCAUCUCCGCCCUCGAAACCCGCCAAGGAGGACAAGAAGGGUUCCAAGAAGGUAUCCAAGGGUGUCGGCGACAACGAGCAAGACAGGUCGAUGAAGAAAACCGAAAGGUCCUCCGAGCUUCCCGGUAGCUUCCCGGCAGACGAGGAGGUUGAGUUAGACGCAGCCUCUUCCGCUGACAUGGCGACCAAGGACAAGUCCAGGAAGAGCAGCACCAAGAGCAAGUCGAAGCCUGAUAAUGGGGCAUCGCCACGGACCCCGGCUCCGGAAGCGCCGUCGACUUCUCCGCCCGGGUCCAAGCCAUCGAAAAAGGAACGGCCCAAGAUCAAGGAGGACGGGGCUUCGUGGGCCCGAUGGAACGCAGCUCCGCCGCGCAAGGAUGACAAGAAUGCGUCCUCCAAGUCGAAACCCUCCAGGUCGGCGUCCAAGAGGUCAGCGGAGAAGCCAUCGCCUAAGGACGCAGGACCGGAUAAACAAGAGCGCCCCGAAAGAGCCGAGAAAACGCCAGCGAGGCCCCGGGGUUCUGGUAUAUUCAGCACCCCCCCUGUCUCCCGGUCCAUUUCCACGCGAGAGAAGCGGACGACGGGUAGUAGUGGAAAGUCGUCACGUCGGCACUCUGUUGACCUGCACGGGCUACCCACCCCACCUCCAGAAAUCAUGCCGGAGGUCUCGUCCAAGGCCGCCAAAAUUUUGGGCGUCAGCAAGUCAAGUAGCAAGAGGAAGUCUCGCAAGUCCCCACCUAGGGAUCAAGACGAAAUUGUCAUGGCUGGUGCUCUCGACCCCGAUGCUCCGCUUCCGCGACGGGAGAAGCGACGAUCCAAGAGGUCGCAAGACGAAGACAUUGUCAUGGUGGAUGCCGGGGGCCCGUCCGAACCCCCUUUGAAACGGGGUGCUGCGCCGUCGAAAAAGUCCGGCUUCGCCAGUAUUUUCGGCGGACUCAUGACGCCCAAGUCGGCAAAACAUGAAGCAAACAUUGACACCGGUGUCAUAGGUGACACCGACGGGGAAGCUCGUGCAUCUGCACGUAGACCUCGGAGGAGCGAACGAGAUGCGCCGGAGAAGGCCAGCGAAGAAGGGGCGCGUUCGAAGGACGUUGGCCAGCGUGAUCGACGACGAUACCGCGAAAGCGAUGACGAGGCACGCAAACUGGAGGCAAAGGAGGCCCGCCGGGCUGAGAGGCGCGCAGCCCGCCAGCGCGAGGAAGAGGAACGCCGCGCCAGCGAAGAGCGAGAAAUUCGACGCGCCGAACGACGUCGGUUGCGAAAGGAAAAGGAAGCUGCCGCUCUAGCUGCCGAAAGAGAAGCCGAGGCACGGCGAGCGGCCAAGCAGGAACGUCGUCAGUCUCUACACGGUGACGGCACGGAAGACGAGGCCGAACGGCGACGUCGACGGGACGCACGUCGCGCCGCUAGGGCCGAGGAGGGCGGCGAAAGCCAGAAGCCACGAGGCAGUCGUCGGCAUGGCCACGAAUCGGGAGAUGACCAAGUCUAUGCGCGCAGCGACCGUCGACGCGACAACAAGUAUGAGACAGCGGCCUGGCCACACUCGGGGACGUCGUCAUGGGUCAAGGACCACUUGGACGCUCCACCCCCGCCGGAGGAAGAGGAGCAGGCCAGCCGUGAGGCUCGACGAGCCAGGCGUCGAGCAAGGGCAGGGGAUGGCCCGGCAGACGAAACAGACGACUCACGACGACGGAGGAGGCGGGAAGACCGCGAGAGGGAGGCGCGUCUCGGUGCAUCCGAGGGAAGUGACGAGCGUUAUCACAGCCGACGAAGUUCAGCGUUCAUGGACACGACUCCCCGAAGCAGCAGCUGGUGGAAGAAGAUAACCGGCUAA